CCCUAAAGAAAGUAGAAACACACAGAGAGAUCUAGAGAGAGAAAGCAAGAGAGUUUUAGAGAGAGAGAGAGAGAGUUGCGCUUGGAGGGUGGCGACUACAGAGGAAGGAGGAGGAGCAGGGGUAGGAGGAGGAGGAUCGCCCAGUGGUCGCCUACACUCGCUCUGGUCAUCGUUGUUUUCGAGAUUUGUAGGUGUUCUUGGGCAAAUCAAUACCAGUAAUCAACCAUCUGAAAUGGCUUCAAGACCCAUUGUUCCGCAGCACCAUCAACCCAGAGGUGAGGCAUUAGCUGGGGAUGGUAAGCAGAGGAAAAACGGGGCGGCUGAAGGGAGAAACCGCCGAGCACUAGGCGACAUUGGUAAUCUUGUAACUGUUAGAGGAGUAGAUGGCAAGCCACAGCCUCAGAUCUCUCGUCCUGUUACUAGAAGUUUCUGCGCUCAAUUACUUGCAAAUGCACAAGCAGCUGCAGCAGCUGAAAAUAACAAGAAAGCAGUCUGUGUUAACGUUGAUGGAGCUCCCAUCAUCACCGAUGGAGGGGCAGCAGGCAAAGCACCUGUGGCAGCAAAGGCGGCAGCCCAGAAGAAAGUCACAAUUAAGCCAAAGCCUGAACAAGUGAUUGAGAUUAGCCCAGAUUCGGAAGAGGUUAAGCAAGAGAAGCCUGUGAGCAAGAAAAAGGGCAGAGAAGGUUCAUCAAAGAAAAAUGUUAAAACCAUGACUUCUAUCCUUACUGCUAGGAGCAAGGUAGCUUGUGGCUUGACCAAUAAACCAAAGGAGCAGAUUGUUGACAUUGAUGCAGCAGAUGCUGGUAAUGACCUGGCUGCAGUGGAAUAUGUGGAGGACAUUUACAAGUUCUAUAAAUUGAUUGAGAGCGAGAGCCAAGUUCAUGACUAUAUGGAUUCCCAAGCCGAGAUAAAUGAGAAGAUGAGAGCCAUCUUGGUGGACUGGUUGAUUGAAGUUCACCACAAAUUUGAGCUUAUGCCAGAGACUCUGUACCUCACAAUCAACAUUGUUGAUCGUUUCCUUUCAAUCAAGACUGUGCCAAGAAGGGAACUGCAGUUGGUGGGCAUCAGUGCUAUGCUUAUGGCCUCCAAAUAUGAAGAAAUUUGGGCCCCAGAGGUGAAUGACUUCGUUUGCAUCUCAGACAGAGCAUACACGCAUCAACAAAUACUGAUGAUGGAGAAAGCCAUACUGGGCAAGCUGGAAUGGACCUUGACAGUCCCCACACCUUAUGUUUUCCUUGUCCGAUUCGUUAAGGCCUCGAUCCCUGAUACGCAGAUGGAACACAUGGUCUAUUUCUUUGCUGAGCUUGGAUUGACUAAUUAUGUCACCAUGAUGUACUGCCCAUCAAUGCUUGCUGCCUCAGCAGUCUAUGCUGCUAGGUGCACCCUGAGCAAGAGCCCUGUUUGGGAUGAAACACUGAAAGUUCACACGGGUUACUCAGAGACACAGCUGCUUGGUUGUGCCAAGCUCCUUGUGAGUUUCCACUCCAUUGCUGCAGAGAACAAGCUUAAGGUGGUGUACAGAAAGUAUUCCCAGCCUCAGCGAAGUGGGGUAUCACUCCUUCCACCUGCAAAAUCUCUCUUGGCUGCAUCAUGAAGAGGACCACAAUUUGGAGUUGGUGGUGUGAUCCACCUGUUUUUCAAUCACAUUUCCGUUAUGUGAGGAAUGGAUCAUUGGCCUGUGAUGAUCUUCUUCAGGGGGUGGCAUCUCUUGUGUUUGUUUGGUACUAAUUUGACAUUUUCUAGGUUUAGUUAAUUACCCUAAAUUGUGGUUUGCCAUACAGAAAAUUCAAAUUAAAUUUAUCCAUUUAGUUUUAAGAAUUUGUUUGUUUUUUUUUUUUUUUUGGUCUUUGUGUAUGGGCCCAACAGCAGUGUUAAAAUGGAUCCUCUGAUUUUUUAUCAGUUGUAAUGGAUACCAGCAAUCCCGCUGAAAAUCAAUGAAUUCAUGUUAUGGGACAUAGAGAGAAUUUGAAGGAAAA